UCACGUCGCACGGUCAUCAAAAACAAAACAGUGUCCUUUUUCUGUGUUUUAGCUCUGCAUGCAUGGUCUGUUCUAAUUGAAUAGGCUUGCAUUUGCAUUUGUAUCUUGUACACGACGGGAUAAGCAAAAUUUAAGUCCAGUGAUCUGGGCUUAGGAAGGGCAGCGCCUACAUCAUUCAACCUUCUUUUGUACUGGCAGCAGUGACCUGUCAGUCCAGCUAACAGCAACAGUGGCGUUAGCGGUGGUAGCUGCACUGCAGCCGACGACGACGGCCGAGGAACAGGAACCAUCAUCGUCACGCGCUCCUCCCGGAGGGCGUUUGCGGCAACAAACCAUGUCUAUCAGCGAGUUUUUGAAAGAUCUUCCGUGCCACAACGAGGAAAACUUUUCGCUCUUCAACACGGAAAACGGAGUAAAGACUUCCUCGAAGCGGCCCUCUGUGUACAUCCCCACGGUGGACAUUCCUUCUGAGCAGGUGAUAGUCACGGAGAAAAAGAACAUUCUCCUCCGAUACCUACAUCAGCAAUGGGAUAAAAAGAAUCCACCUAAAAAACGUGAGCUCGAAAAUGCCACCAACGAUCUGCUUCGCAAAAGACCCCGCCUCGAAACUCGUGACAAUAACAACACGUAGACAUCAAAGGAUUAAUCACAUAAUAAUUUACCGUACAACUGGACCAUUUAAUUAUCCCUGUACCGGAACAUGAUGGUAGACAGGAUGAAAAGAAGUGAGCUUGCUAAUGGGGAUAGUGUUUGAUUAUAACGGAAUGGAAGACAGCGGUUGUGUGCAGACCGGCGGAUUGGUAGGCUAUUCGUCCAGGAAGAUUCGCCCUGGCUGUAAAAGGAACGCAUUUCAAUAUUUCCGACUGCAUAAUCCAUGAAAGAAGUUUUUUUUCUUAUAUUUUCUAUUUCGCUUGCACAUUGGCAGCUUUUUACGUGAUCCAGAAUAAGAGAAACGAAAGGCUACAAAUGUUCGAGAUCCGUGCAGUUCUUUGACGGCUAUUUGUGUUAGGUUCUUAAAAUUCCUAAAUAAUUUAGAGCAUCAAAGUAAAAAAAGUUACAUAUUGAAAACUGCUCACUAAGCGUGAGACAUAAUUUGUUUGGCGUAUCUUAUAAUUAAUUAUUGCGAAUCUAAUGAAAUGUAUGCGAGGGAAAAGAAAACUCAGCUACAAUGUAAAUGCUUCACCUCCUGUCCCGUCGUUUCCAUUCAUCAUCAAUUGUCUUUCGGUUAGUUCUUUAAUUUUUUGGCUCGAGAAGUCUUAGCUUAGAAAAAAUGAAAAGUAAUAGCAAUAGACUCCUGUCAAGGCGAGCAAAGAGCAGGUAGAUGAAUCAACCGAAGAAGAUGAUUCAUGCCCAUGAUACGAUGAUUCAUGUCAUCAUGUCAUUGAUGUCUUGAUGAUUCAUGUCCAUGAUACGUGUACAAAUCAUCGCAAACAGAAAUUAAGUUUUCGUGCUGGUUACGUCUGGGUCAACUUUCGUGUGUGCACUGUAAGAUAAGACGGGAUGAUAACGCUCCGAAUUCUGCAUCUCUCCUUCGCAAGAAAUAGGAAUGUAGUCGCUAAGCAGAGAGAAAUGAUUGAUAGGAUUCGGUUGUACGAAAAAUGCGAUUGUAUGUCUCUAGAACUCCCACUAAUCUUAAUCGUAAAACACACAUAAAUUAAUAAAAAUACCCGAUAUC